GAUAAAUUGAGAGGUCCUUGUACCUCUUAUCUGCAAAAUUAAUAACAGUUUAUUCUAAAGACGAUGAUACACAAUUUUCGUUUAGCUACAUAGUGUUAUUUUAGCUAUAUGCUAAGAAAUUUAUGCUAAGGGUGAUGUCGGCGCGGUGAGGCGCGGCGCGGCGCCGGCAUGGCGGAGCAGGGCUCCGACGUCGGCCAGAGCGACGCCGUGCUGCUGGCGCCGCUCACCGAGGACUCGUUCCUGCACAACCUGCACGUGCGCUACAAGCGGGACAUCAUCUACACGUACGUGGGCAACGCGCUAGUGUCGGUGAACCCGUGCCGCGCGCUGCCGCAGUACUCGGCGGAGCUGGUGCGCGCCUACCUCGCGCGCCCGCCCUACCAGCUGCCGCCGCAUCUCUACGCUAUAACGGCGACCGCCUACCGCUGGGUCCGCGACCGCAACGAGAGCCAAUGCAUCGUGAUCACGGGCGAGAGCGGCGCGGGCAAGACGGAGGCGGCGCGCGUGUGCCUGCAGUGCGCCGUGGUGGCGGGCGCGGGAGCGGGCGCGGGCGCGGGCGCGGGAGCGGGCACCGGCGCGGGCGCGGCCACCGGCGCCGGCGCCGAGGCGGGCGGCGCGCUCGCGGCGGCGGGCACGCUGUUGGAGGCCUUCGGCAACGCUGCCACGGCGAGGAACCAUAAUGCUAGUCGAUUUGGCAAGCUGCUGGACAUCGAGUUUGACUUCAAGGGUGAGCCCGUGGGUGGACACAUCACACACUACUUAUUGGAAAAGGAGCGAGCGAGCGGAGCGUUAGAGGGAGAGCGCAACUUCCACGUGUUGUACCAGCUGCUGGCCGGAGCCGAGCCCCACCUGCUGAAGCGCUUGAAACUCCAACGUUCAUGGGAGCACUACGCCGUACUCCGCGGCUGCGGCGCCGCGCCCGCGCCCGCGCCCUGCUCCCCGCGCCGCACGCCGCCCCCCGCGCCGCCCCCCGCGCCGCCCGGCGUCCGCGAGCACGCCGACAAGGACCACUUCCAGUUCACCAAGGCGGCGAUGGCGCGACUGGGGUUGAGUGCGAGCGAGUGCGGCGGCGUGCUGCGCCUGCUCGCCUUCCUGCUGAAGCUAGGGAAUGUCCAGUUCGAGCCCACCACCACCAUCGACGGCGCACUCGCCACCUGCCUCCACCACGAGUAUGAGUUGCGCGAGGCGUGUGCAUUAGUGGGCGUGGACGCGGGCGCCCUGGCGGCUGCGUUGGGCGCGCCUCCUCCCGACGAACCCGCUGAUCAUUCGCCCGAAUGCGAGACCGGCGAGGAGGAGAGCUCGAGCGCGAGCGGGUCGGGCUGCGCGCGCGGCGCCGGCGCCUGCGCGGGCUGCGGCGCGUGCGGCGGCGCCGGCGCCGAGUGGGCGCGCGCGCGCAGGGACCGCCUGCUGCAGGCGCUGUACGCCAGGCUCUUCGCCUGGCUGCUGGCGAGGGUCAACGAGGCUAUCAAGCCAGCGGAGCCGGGCAAGCGCCGGUCCCUCGGCAUCCUGGACGUCUACGGGUUCGAGGCGCUCGCACAGAACGGGCUGGAGCGUCUGCUCAUCAACUACGCGGCGGAGCGGCUGCAGGCCGCCGUCACCAGCGCCACCCUGAGGAGGGAGCAGGAGGAGUACGCGCGCGAGCAGCUCGCCUGGACGCCGCUGCCCUACCGCGACCACGAGCAGCACGCCGACCUGCUGGACGCGGGCCCGGACAGCGUGCUGGGCUGCCUGCGCGAGGCGGGCGCGGGCGCGGGCGACGCGGGCUUCGUGGCGCGCCUGCAGCGCCGCCGACACCCGCAUCUGCGCGUGCUGCCCCCUGACCACUUCCAAGUGACCCACUUCGCCGGCCCCGUGGUGUACAGCGCGCGCGGCAUCGUGAGCAAGAACCGCGACGUGGUGUGCCGCAGCUGCUGCGCCGCGCUGGCGAGCGCGCGCGAGCCGCUGCUGGCCGCGCUUUGUAAUGUAGCAGGUUCCCCGCGGCGGCCGGCGGCGCUGGCGUGCCGGCAGCGGGCGCUGGUGGGCGCGUUACUGCGGCGGCUGCCUCCCGCGCCGCGCCUCGUGCGCUGCCUGCGCGCCGACCCCGCGCUGCGCCCGCACCGCUUCGACACGGCGCUGCUGCGCCACCAGCUGCGCACCCAGGGUAUCAUGGACAUGGCGCUGCUGCGGCGCGCGGGCUGGUGCGAGUCGUGGUGCGCGCGCGGCGUGCUGGCGCGCUACGGGCUGCUCGCGCGCCGCGCGCAGGCCUCGCCCUCCUCCGCCGACCCGGUGCGGGCGGCGAGGGCGCUGCUGCGGGCCCUGCCCAUCCCUAGUGCGGAGUUCGCGUACGGACGGACGAAGGUGUUCAUACGGAGCCCGAGGACGGUUUGGGAGCUAGAAGCGCUGCGGUCGGCGCGAGUAGAGGAGCUGAUCCUUGCGGCGCAGGCGGCGUGGCGGAGACACCGGCAGCGGCGGCGUGCGCGCGCGCAGGCGGUCAUAGCGCGCGCCUGGCGCUCCUGCCGGGCCCGGCGAGUGCGCCCGCGCCGGCCGAGCGGUCCGACGCAGACGCCGGCGUGCGCGCGCGCGGCGGCGGCGGGCGCCAUCUGGCGCUGGUGGUGCACACAUGUGCGACAGCAGUACCUGCGCGGGCUGUGGCGGCGGCUCCCGGCGCGCCACCGCAGCCCGCUGUGCGCCGCCUGGCCCGCGCCGCAGCGCCCCGCGCUCCUGGCGCGCACCGACGCUCUGCUGAGGAGGCUGCAUCACAGGUGGCGCUGUCAGCUCUACCGGCAGGCGUUCGAUCAGACGGCGAGGAACCGGAUGAGAGAGAAGGUGACGGCGUCGGUGCUGUUCAAGGAGAGAAAAGCCCGCUACGCGGCGUCCGUGGCGCACCCGUUCGUGGGCGACUACGUGCGCCUGCGCGCGUCGGGCGCCUGGCGCCGCGGGGCCGCCGCGCCGCACGACCGCUACGUCGUGUUCGCGGACGUCGUGGGCAAGGUGGCGCGUUCGUCAGGGCGCGUGGCGCGCUGCCUGGCCGUGCUCAGCACAGCGGCGCUACUCCUCCUGGAUGCACGGUCCCUGCGAGUGAAGAGAAGAGUGCCCGCGCACGCCGUGUACAGGCUGUCGCUGUCGCCGCACGCCGACGACCUGCUGGUGGUGCACGUACGAGCCUGCGCGAGCGGCGCGACGGCGGGCGACAGCUCGGGCGAGGAGCUCUCCCAGUGUUCGUCGCGCGACGCACCACUAGCGCCCGGGUGCCUUUUUGCGGGCGAGGGUGCGUGGCGGCGGCGCGGCGACCUAGUGCUGCGCACCUGCCAUGUGUUGGAGCUGGCGACGAAGCUGUUCCUCGUCGUGCAAAACGCCGUCGGACAGACGCCGCAUGUCAACAUUGCUUCCGAAUUCGAAGCUAACUUCGGUCAGCAGAUCGUGACGAUCUCGUUCCACUUGCUGGGCGGCGAGGGCGGCGCGCGCCUCGUGCGCCGCGGCAGCCGCAUGGACGUGCUGCUCUGAUGGACGCACCCACCGACGAGCGGAC